CCAAAAGCAGACUGGGUGAAAACUGCCUUCGAACUUCUGCAAUAAAACGGCUCCUAACCCGUCCUUAGAGGCAUCUGUAUGAAGUUCGGUUUCUGCUUCUCACACGGUUCAGCAUCGAACACAGUAAAGGGGUUGGACUUCACCUCGUUCUUCUAAUGAGUCGUAAUCAAAACGAAAGCAACCUCCUUGAUAUCAAUGAAGAUCUGCCUUUUGCUCUUGCUCUGCCCCCCGUCUCAAUGGAUUCGUUGCAGCUGAACGCAGACGGCAAUAGCCCCGAGGACAAGACGCUCGGUAUUGGCCGUAAAACCAUUUUGAAUGCGCACACAAAAUCUUUGGCUCCCAUUGUGAGUGACGAGGCCCUGAACACGCUAAAUGAGCUCCGCGAGCAAAAUCUUCUCUGCGACGCCCAGAUUUCUGUGGGGGAGGAUGUGUUCAACGUACAUCGUGCAAUAAUGUGUUCAUGUAGCUCAUACUUUCGAGCUCAAUUCACAGGGUUUAACGCUGACACUCCCGGAUGUGUAGAUGGGUCAGAUGCAAAAAAAAACAAUAAUUUUAUUCAUAUCCCCGGCGUGAGUUCAUGUAUAAUGAACUGUGUAAUACAGUACGCUUACCUGCGUCAAACAAACAUCUCCGAGAGCAAUGUUCAUGAGUUACUUAUCUGCGCUGACUACGUUGGCAUGGUAGGUUUAGUUAAGAAAUGUAAAGACUACCUCGGUCGCAUACUCACCCCCGAAAACUGUGUCAGUAUUAUGGGAUUCGCACGGUUCCGAUUUUUGGAGGACCUUCACCUGAAGGCCAGGAACUACACUCUAAGGUACUUUACUGAAGUUGCAUAUCGUAAUAUUGACAUACUAGAUAUGUCAGCUGAAGACUUUUACAGUAUUAUUAGCGAUGAUGAGUUAAAUACCCGCGAAGAGGAUCACGUAUGGAAAUUGUGUGUUAAAUGGAUCGACCGUAAUCCAGAAAGCCGCAAGCGCCAUGUUGCCCAUCUAAUGACUGGGGUACGACUGGGCCUAAUGACUCCAAAGUGCUUCAUGGAAGAGGUUAAGGAACACCCAUACGUCUUAGAAUGUGAAGCCGCUAAGCCACUGAUCGUUGACACCUUUAAAUUUAUGUACGACCUGGACUUUUUGAAUCCUCAGGCAGACGAGCUUACCACUCCACCACUGGCAAUGCCAAGGCUACCGCACGAAGUCAUCUUUGCCAUAGGCGGCUGGAGCGGUGGCACCUCAAAAGGUUGCAUCGAGACUUAUGACACGAGGGCAGAUAGAUGGGUAACCAUUAACGCAGAGGAUCCUGCUGGUCCCCGUGCGUAUCAUGGAACCGCAGUGCUGGGUUUCAAAAUAUUCUCGAUUGGCGGAUAUGAUGGCGUAGAGUAUUUCAACACAUGCCGAGUUUUUGACGCGGUAAAAAAAAAAUGGAACGAAAUCGCACCGAUGCAUUGCAGGCGCUGCUACGUAAGUGUAACAGAGUUAAAUGGAAUGAUAUAUGCAAUCGGCGGCUACGACGGGCAUAACCGGCUGAACACUGUGGAGCGGUAUAAUCCAAGGACCAACCAAUGGUCCGUUAUCCCACCAAUGAACAUGCAACGCUCUGAUGCCAGCGCCUGUACUUUGCAAGAACGCAUAUAUGCUACAGGGGGAUUUAACGGCCAGGAAUGCCUAGACAGCGCCGAGUAUUAUGACCCUGUAACCAACGUUUGGACUAGAAUACCUAACAUGAAUCAUCGUCGGUCUGGAGUGAGCUGCGUGGCCUUUAGAAACCAGCUUUACGUUAUCGGCGGCUUUAACGGCACAGCGCGUCUAUCUACCGGAGAACGCUUUGAUCCGGACACGCAAACUUGGCACUUCAUUCGUGAAAUGAACCACUCCCGCAGUAACUUCGGGCUAGAGAUUAUUGACGAUAUGAUCUUCGCUAUAGGCGGCUUUAACGGCGUCUCGACGAUCUCUCAUACGGAAUGCUAUGUAGCCGAAACAGACGAAUGGAUGGAAGCCACAGAUAUGAAUAUUGUUCGUUCCGCCUUGUCUGCCAAUAACAUAGCUGGGCUUCCAAACAAGCGAGACUAUAUACACAAAGAGCGGGAUCGCCUGAUGGAGGAGCGGCGUCAGCGUCUUAUGGCAACCGCCAUGGCUCGGGAGAAUGUAGGACACGGCAAUGCCUCGCAGAUGUUAGUGGAACACAAUGACGGAGCCAUGGACGACUACGAAAGUCCUGAUGAAGUAGAUGAGACUGAUGAGCAAGAGCAAUCAGCACGCAUAAGCCGGACUAUACCACCCUCUGUAGGGCUUCCAAACCCAGCAGUUGCUGCUGAAACGAUACGAGAUCAAUCUCAAUUGGUGUCCACUGCUCAACUUAAUAGAGUAAUGGAGGAUCGCGGUAUGGACAACAAUAGGAGCAAUCGUGUGCAACUGCGUAAUCAACGCCAUGGCUCGCAUCAUGAAAUUCGUCGUCGUACAUAGGAGUUAGCGUCAAAAUCUGGAUCGGAUACCAAAAAAAAACAUAUUCUUCAUAAGAGUGCAGAUAAAGCGUUAGCGUGUGGCAAGAUUUCUUCAUCCUUAUAAACCCACGUCCGUUAAACCCAUUUUUCGAAACAUUUACACGAAGAAAAAAACACAAGGUUAAGUGUGCUUUUGCCAAUUUACCAAAUUAACAAUAUAAGACUCGGAAAUUUCAAUUUUAAAUUAAAUUAUCAAGAAAUUACACAAUCAAAAUAACUCAAGUUCACAUCUAAAUUUAACGCAAUAUUUUAAAUAAAGCAUUACUAAUUUGCAGAAAACCA